GCUGUUUAUCAACACGAACACAAUAGAAAAAAGUUUCCGUUUCCCAUAAUGAUGAAUUUGUGGGUCUGACUUGUUUACAACCAUUUAGUCCUUAAGCAGAAUAACCUUGAGGGUGGCGGCUAUAGUAACGUGAGUCUGUUAACGAAAAACCAGGUCAUGGAGACUUGAAUACCAAAUAUUCAUUUGAAUGACAUGCGGAUAUGUGCACAGACACUGUUUGGUGGAAAGCCGCAUCAUCCUGUUUAUUGGCUCCAACACAUAUGCACAGUAUAUAUCUUGAUGGUAAAAGUCACUGGCUACCACACUCUACUGGAUGUUUUUCGGGAAUUUAUCUCUGCAUUUUGCUCAUCUGCUCACCCUAUCAACUCUCGGCCAGCCUAACUUGAGCUAAAACACACGAACAUAUCCUUCAGAUGUUUUGAUCAAGAAGGCAGCAUAUUAAGGCAGGUUGAAAGUCAGAGAAAGUUGUGCUGAACUCACCUAUACUUUAAUCAUCAAUUAUGUUCGCUUGCCUAAAAGGAUUGUCAGCAAUAGUAACUGGAGGUUCCUCAGGACUUGGAUUGGCUACAACAAAAAAACUCAUUGCAGAAGGAUGUAAAGUGUUAGUGUGUGAUUUACAAAAGUCUCCUGCAUUAUCUGAAUUGGGCAGUAAUUGUGUAUACUGUGAAACAGAUGUUGGUUCAGAAACAGAUGCAGAGAAAGCUGUCAAUUUGGCCAAAGAAAAGUUUUCAAAUCUUCAUAUUCUAGUUAAUUGUGCCGGUCUAGCGGUUGCAUGCAAGACGUACAACACAAAACGACAGAAACCCCAUCCACUUGAUUUAUUUGAGAAGGUUAUACGGACCAAUUUAAUUGGCACCUUCAAUAUGAUUCGACUUGCAUCUGCUGUAAUGGUUGCUAAUACACCAGACUGUGACAAUCAACGUGGUGUAAUCAUCAAUACUGCAAGCAUAGCUGCAUAUGAAGGUCAAGUUGGUCAGGCUGCUUAUUCAGCAAGUAAAGGUGCUGUGGCGGGUCUCACUUUACCGGUUGCUCGUGAUCUUGCCCGAGAAGGAAUUCGAUGUGUAUCCAUUGCUCCAGGUUUAUUUAGCACAAAGACAAUAAUGGGUGAACGUGAAUAUCGAGAUUUUCAAUUACGCUAUUUAAAUGAUAUCCAGUUGGCUAUUCAACGUAUGGGUCAACCAGAAGAAUUUGCCGCCUGUGUUAUCAGUAUUAUUCAAAAUUCAAUGAUCAAUGGAUCUAUGGUGAAGCUUGACGGUGGAGGACGUCUUAUCUUUUUAUAAUGCCUGAAACAUAUAAGCCAAACCAGACAAUCAUGUAUUUUAACAACUUUUGUACAUAUUUAUGUAUAUAAUAAUAUGCGUAGACAGACCAUGUAGAAAGGGUGGUUGGGAGUGGGGGGUCCUUUUUUGUACACAAAAAUACACACAAAAAUUGUACUUACUCUCGUCCUUUUCUUCUCUAAAUUAUGUUUUUUUCUACAGGAUUUUUUGAUACAGCCUUAUUGAGUGGUGUACCAAAUGUUGAUUUAUUGAAAAAAUUACCUCUACUACCGAAUCGUAUAGGCAAACCAGAAGAAUUUGCCCAACUUGUUGAAGCCAUAAUACGUAUACCAAUGUUUAAUGGUGCAGUCAUUCGAUUGGAUGGUGCUGUACGUAUGCCACCGUAAAUGAUUGAUGAUCGAUCAUCACAAAAAAAUGUCUACUGUAAAAAAAAAAUGUUAGCACUCUUUUGUCGUGUAUAGAGUUUUAUGCGUGUAAAUUUGAAGUUUUU